AUGGCUCAGUAUACAAUCCACACGAGUCAAUUAUUUGAUCCUAAACAGAAAAGGGUUCUGCAGGAUACAAGCAUUAUUGUCGAUAGACAGACCGGAAACAUCGUUCAAGUCUUUCAGCGCUCCUCCGACGAAGGAAUCGCUUCGUCACCAUCCGAGGAUGUCCUCGACCUGCGAGGGCAGUUUGUUAUGCCCGGGUUCGUAGAUGCCCACACGCAUAUAUUUCUCCAUUCCUACGACGAGAGACCUUCUUUGCAACAGAAGCGAGAUGAGAGCGUCGUUGAGCGAAUUGUCCGCGCGGUGAACCACUGCCGUGUCGCACUUCUGGCCGGUUACACAACGUAUCGCGACUUGGGCAGUGAAUCCCUUGGCUCGAUGGAUGCAAACAUGCGCGACGCCAUUUCUCGUGGCUUGAUACCCGGGCCUCGACUAUUUGUGGCCACCAAAGUGCUAGCAAGCACGGGUUCGUAUGAGUCCCGUACCGAGAACGCCUGUAACGGGGUUUGCUUGCCCCAAGGAAGUGAACCGGUUGAUGGACCCAGCGAAGCUCAGAAAGCCGUUCGCAGACGGAUCGCUGAGGGCGCCGAUAUCAUCAAAUUCUUUGCGGAUUAUCGCCGACGUAUCAUGCGAUGGCCCCCGGCUCAACAACAUCCAUACGUCCACAGCGUGACGCAUCCACCAGAGGAGCCCAACCCUGAUGUACUGCUAUUUCACCAAGAAGAGAUGGACAUGAUAGUCAAAGAAGCCAAACUGGCAAAAUGUCCUGUUGCUUGCCACGCCGGUACAAUCGAAGGUGCGCUUGGCGCUGUUAAAGCGGGCGUUAACACGAUUGAGCAUGGCUAUUUUGCAGAUGAGGAGCUUUUCCAGUUGAUGAAGGAAAAAGGCACUAUCUUUGUACCCACGCUAGCUGUGUGCGAAAACCUGCACAAGAAGCGUUUCCCGGAAAUCCUGAAGCAAGUGAAACUUGCCCAUACUAUCGGCGUUCGUCUCGCUUGCGGUGGUGAUACUGGUACUUACCCCCAUGGAGAUAAUGUGCGAGAGCUGGAAUUAAUGAUUGAGGCCGGAAUUCCCAUUGAGGAUGUGCUUGAAAGUUGCACGGUAGGGGGAUGGGAAAGCUGUGGUAAACAACAGUGUGGAGUGAAGUUUGGAUGGUUUGAGGAAGGCUGCCGGGCAGACAUUAUUGCUUUGGGCGGAAAUCCUCUGCAAGACAUCAAGGCUUUGAGAAAUGUACAAUUUGUUAUGAAAGACUCCAGAGUCUGGAAGCUGAACGGUGAAGCUGUUGCUAUGGUCUAA